AUGGCUGCAGUAGUGGAACCACAUGACAAGAUGAGGUCAAAAGACCUUAGCAAAGUAGCAAAAGGACAACAAGCCACUCGACCAGCUCAUGAACCAGGCACCGUUUCAGCUCCACCACCUCCUUCCUCCACCACCACCCCUCAAGAAAAGGCCGAGAAAGAAGCCAAGAAGUCGCAACAUUGCUACUCGUGUUAUGUUGCAUACUUGAAGUGCGAGAAACAAAAAGGGGAACGAGCUUCUGAAUGCAAAAAGCUUGAAGAUGAUUAUCGCUCGAAUUGUCCUCCUGAAUGGAUCGAGAAGUGGGAAGAAGAAAAGAAGCAUGGAAUCAUUCACGAUCAUAUUUAA